GGAUUUUUUUUUUCGGAGAGGGAAGCGAAAGAUCGGGAUUUGAAGUAGCAAAUCUGAGGAGACCGCGCUUUGAUUGGAUCCGAGGUGAGUUGUCCGUGGCCGUUGGAUUGGGUAUCGACGGCUGCUGCAGGGAGGAUGGGUUGGCUGCGGAUCGAUGACGUGGCGGGAUCACCUCGAAAUCGGGCGCGCAGGAGUAUACAACUUUUUGUUUUCCAUUUUAUUACUGCUGUGCCAUUAGGCCCAUCAUGAGCCCAGAUCCUUAGUCUCCCGUCACGGACUGGGCCUAAUCAACUAGCCCAAAACAAAACAAAAAAAACAAAAAAAAACGUUCAAAAUUUUAAUGCCGUGAAAUUUUCUUCAUCUUCGUCAUCAUCGUCGUCUUCUUCCUCUUCUUCUCUUUCGAACCCCAAGUCCUCCUCCCCCAUGAGAGCUCUGAAGAAAUCGGCGGUGCUCUACCACUACCCGUGCCCGGACGGCGCUUUCGCCGCCCUCGCCGCGCACCUCUACUUCGCCGGCGCUUCCCUUCCGGUCCUCUUCUUCCCAAACACCGUCUACGAUCCUAUCCGGAGCGACUCUCUCCCUUUGGAUGAAAUCAGUGAUGUUUACCUCCUGGAUUUCGUGGGACCCCCCGGUUUUGUCGCUGACUUGUCUUCCAAAGUUGACAGAGUGACUGUCUUAGACCAUCAUAAGACCGCAUUAGAAACUUUAUGUGGAAAUGCUGCGAUUCCGGAGAACCUUGAAAAGGUCAUAGAUAUGAAGAGAAGCGGUGCCACAAUUGCGUUUGAUUUCUUCAGGGAGAAGCUUUCGGCAAAAGGUGAUGCUUCCGGAGAUCACGAAAUCGGCAGUAAUGCCGUUUCUGGGGCUAAGCUUUUACCCGAUAGCCAGUUUGAAAGGGUGCAUAAACUUUUCAAGUUUGUCGAAGACGGCGAUCUUUGGAGAUGGGCACUUCCGUGCAGCAAGGCCUUCAGCAGCGGCCUAAAAGAUUUGGGUAUAGAAUACAAUGUCAAUGUGAACCCUUCGUUAUUUCAUAAGUUAUUGGCACUGGAUCCGGAACAUGUCAUUUCACAUGGCCAAGAGACACUUUCGCACAAGCAAAAGUUGAUAGAUGAAGCUCUAGCUCGGUCCUAUGAAAUCGCACUAGGUUGUGGGCUAUUUGGACAUUGCCUGGCUGUUGAUGCUGAUUCUAUUUCAAACCUGAGGAGCGAGCUUGGGCACCAGCUAGCUAAAAGGAGCCGAUUCCUAAAUCUAAGGGGAAUCGGAGCAGUGGUGUAUAAGGUCCCUGAGCUUAACAACGACCAGAUGCGGAAAAUAAGCCUUCGAAGCGUGGAUUUGGAAGACACAACCCCCAUCUCACAGAAAUAUGGCGGUGGUGGGCAUCGGAAUGCAAGUUCUUUUAUGUUAAGAUUAUCUGAGUUUGAGAGCUGGAAAGUACAGACCAAACCUAUAGACGAGGCAAUCAAUUGAGUGUCUAUUAAUCGAAAGAUGGCCUGUAGCUCAAAAUCAAAGUUGUUCCUCUCUCAUAUCUUAAUUUAUUGUAAAUCCUGUACUAAUUAAGUAUAAAGGUCGAAAAUGUCAAAAAUGGUGCUUGUUCCAGAGUGUAAUUUACUGAGAAUUUCAAGUUUGUCAUGUAUAAUUUGUAACACUAAGUUGCAAACAAUGUCCCCAUCUUUUACCGUGCAUUGGAAACACAACUAGUGCCCUCAAACUUGCAUUUGAAUUGGAUGUAGCAUUAAGUUAUUC